GCCGGGAAAACCUCGCGACCACAAGCCGGCCGGCCGCGGCGAUCGACGAACACCAGCAACCACUCGAUCCAUCCUUAGACCAUCCGGAGACGUAUAUUUACGUGCAGGUCGACGAGAGUCUCCGGUUGCCUCCGAUCCGUUCACCCUGCGCUGCCGCUGCCGUGCCAAGUCGCCGGCCAGCGAAACCGGCCAGUACUCGAUCGGCGCGCGCGCGCGAGCCGCCAUUAUUGGAUUGGAUUAGGCCGCCGCUCGAGCUUGCCGGCCGGCCCAGGCUCCUCGCCCAUUCCCGGCGAGGCUAACUCAAGCGCAACCAGGCCAGCUGGUUAUUGCAUUGGAGAUGUAUCCUGAUGCUGCGCCCUACGAGGCGGCGCCCGGCGGGGUGGUGGUGGCGCCGGUGGCCGGCCUAUUCCCCGGCGCCGGAGCGUCGAGGGAGUGGUCAUCGGGCCUCUUCGACUGCUUCGACGACUUCGACACCUGCUGCCUGACGUUUUGGUGCCCGUGCAUCACGUUCGGUCGGACGGCGGAGAUCGUGGACCACGGCACGACGUCGUGCGGGACGAGCGGGGCGCUGUUCGCGCUCAUCGAGUACCUGUCGGGGACGUGGUGCACGUGGGCCUACUCCUGCACGUACCGCGGCAGGAUGCGCGCGCAGCACGGCCUCCCCGAAGCGCCCUGCGCCGACUUCCUCGUCCACCUCUGCUGCCUGCCAUGCGCGCUCUGCCAGGAGUACAGGGAGCUCAAGGCGCGCGGCUACGAGCCCGUCCUCGGCUGGGAAUUCAACGCCCAGAGGGCCGCCGCCGGCGUCGCCAUGUCCGCGCCGGCCGUGCAGGGGAUGGGACGCUGAUCCAUCCACCCAUCGGGGUUUGUCGACUGUUGACAGAAGAGAGUACAUACAAGAUUUAUAUAUAAUUUCAGUUGUUGAGCGUCAGGUGAUCGGAGGUGCUACUUACUACUGUUGGUCGUCCGACAACACAGCACCAUUAUUGUAGCCGGGUCUCUUUUAAUUAGCACUUCUCGUGCCUGUCGUGUCUCCCUGACCCUGUAAAUCAGAAGAUACAUCGAUCGUUCUAGUUAUGGUACAUACAUCAUCUGUAUUCUCUCGAUCUUGUCGUGUCUAAAUAUCUCUAUAUAUUCACUUGAUCACUGUUUGUGAA